AUCACACGUCGCUUAUAUAACGCUGAAUCGAUAGUUUUCUCAUCAGAAUAGUUUCAGAUGUUCCACAAGAUGGCUAAAGCAUUCGUACUACUGAUAGGUAUCUGUGCCUACGCUGUCCAAGGAUCUGUACUACGAAAUGAAGACGCAGUGUUAAAACGGCAAGCGCGGUCACCAGCACCGUGCGAUGAAUGCGACUCUCCAGGAGUACCAGCGCCGGCCCCUCCCCCACCACCGCCUCCGCCAGGUAUACCACCGGUGUUUCAUACAGAACAGUGGAGCGGACUGACCCAUAGUAAUGGUGGACAUGGAGUAUUCAGUGGUGCAGCCGCUUCCAUAGACGGAGGAACACAAAGUGGCAGUCAAGCAUUAGCUUUAGCUUCCGCCACUGGGGGUGACGAUGAAAAAAAAGGAACAGCUGCGCCAGAAUUAUUAAGUAACCGAUUUGGUUUCGACAAGGAUUCUGAUAGUUUUGGUCAAUCAUCAGGUGGCGACUUCGGCGGACAGGGCGUUGGAUUUGGCGGCGGUAAGAAAUUCAGCGGCAGCAAGAGCAGUUUUAAGGAAUCACAUUUCUCCAUCCAAAGCGGCGACCUACAAUUUGGAAAAGGCUUUGGUUUCAAAGACGGAGGUAUUUUUCACCACCAACAAUUUUACACGCCCGGACGUGGCCUUGGGGGCUUUGAAGGAGCCAGAAACAUUCAUGGAGGUUUCGGUGCUGGAUCUGCUUCGCAAAGCUCUUCAUUUGCUUCAAGUAGUAACAAUCACGACGACGCGGGGGCAAUUCAUUUCGAAGGCCAACAUUCAGAAAGGGGAGAUUUAGAUUCUCAAUCAGAUCAUUUGCAUUCCGGGUCUGGCUUUGGAGGUAGUUCAAGCAGUGCAAGUAGUGCAAGUUCUGUAUUUACUGGAAACCAGCAACAACAGCAAUCUGGAUUUCGAAGCGGAAUUCAAGGUUCUGGUUUCGGAUCAACAGGACGGCUUGAAGAUGGUAGUUUAGGAUUUGGAAGCCAGAACGCCCAAUUUGGUCAAUCUGGAUCAAGCAACGGAUUUUCUUCGAACGAACAACAACAACAAAAUUUGCAGCUAGGAUCACAAAGAGGUUUUGGAGCUGAUGGUAUUAGUGGACAUCAGCAGUCUGGCUAUGGUUCAGGAGGCCACUUUGAAGGCGAAAGCUCAGGUUUCGGUAGUCAAAACACUCAUUUUGGACAAUCAGGAUCAGUGUACGGCCAGAGCAACGGAUUUGAUGCUAACGAACAGCAACAACAAAGUAACAGUCAAUUUGGUCAAUUACAGUCUGGUUUAGGUCUUGGGGCAGGCAGUGCAAGCAGUGCAAGCUCAGCAUCCUCUGGAAACCAACAACAACAACAAUUAAACCUUGGAUCGCAGUCAGGUUUUGGUUCCAACGGUAGAGACCAAAAUCAAGGAGCUGGAUUUGGCACAGCAGGUCAUCUCGCGGGUGGAAGCUCAGUUGGCCACUUUGCACAGCAGGGAUCAAGUUUCAAUUCAUUCGGUAAAAGUAACGGUUUUGCGGAUAAUGGACAACAACAACAACAGCUUGGAUCACAAAAAGGUUUUGGGUCUAACAGUGAAAGUCAAGGUCAAGGCGCUGGGUUCAGCUCAUCAGGUCAAAUCGCAGGAGGAAGCUCUGGCCACUAUAGACAGCAGGAAUCUAGUUUCAACACAUUCGGCAAAAGUAACGGAUUUGCGGAUAAUGGACAACAACAACUUCAGCUUGGUUCACAGACAGGUUUUGGGUCUAAUAGUGAAAGUCAAGGUCAAGGCGAUGGGUUCAGCUCAUCAGGUCAACUCGUAGGAGGAAGCUCUGGCCACUAUGGACAGCAGGAAUCUGCGGACAAUGGUCAACAACAACAACUGCAGCUUGGUUCGCAGACAGGUUUUGAAUCCGGCGCUGGAAGUCAAGGACAACUUGCAUCUGGAUCGAGUUCUUCCAGUUCAAGCGAAGCCAGUGGAUCAUCUUCUGGAAGCUACGGUGCGAAUCAACAAGAACAGAGCGAUCUUCACACAGGUAUAGGUGGUGCUCUAAAGCUUGCAGCACAGGGUUUGAAACAAGCUCAGGAACAAAACAGCGGCUGUAGCACUUGUGGUAAAAGCAGUUACGCUCUGAGCAAUGCCAAAAGUCACAGCGGAUCAGCGAUUGCCCUCUCCGUAGCUGGUUGAAGUACAUAAUCAACCAGAAAUUGAUAAAAUUAUGUUACGUUUAUUGAAUGUUUGUCACUUUUCCGAUAUUGAAAUAUAUAUAUUUUUCCAAUA